AUGAACGCGGAGGAGGUGGAGCUGCUCGGUGACUCUAAAUACAGGAACUACGUGGCGGCUGUGGACAAAGCACUGAAAAACUUUGAGUACUCCAGCGAAUGGGCCGAUCUCAUCUCAGCACUUGGGAAGCUCAACAAGGUACUGCAAAACAAUGCCAAGUACCAGGUUGUGCCCAAGAAGCUCACGAUCGGCAAGCGUUUGGCCCAGUGCCUUCAUCCAGCGCUGCCCAGCGGGGUCCAUCGCAAGGCCUUGGAGACCUAUGAGAUCAUCUUCAAGAUCAUCGGUCCCAAGCGGCUGGCCAAAGACCUGUUCCUGUACAGCUCCGGGCUCUUCCCUCUGCUGUCCAAUGCCGCUAUGUCCGUAAAGCCUGUCCUGCUGGGCCUGUAUGAGACCUACUACCUCCCGCUGGGGAAGACGCUGAAGCCGGGCCUGCAGGGUCUGCUGACGGGGGUCCUUCCUGGCCUGGAGGAGGGCUCUGAGUACUAUGACAGGACAAACACUCUGCUGGAGAAGGUGGCGGCAGCUGUGGAGCAGCCAGCGUUCUACAGCGCCCUCUGGGGGAGCAUCCUGACCAGUCCGGCCGUGAGGCUGCCGGGGGUCAGCUUCGUCCUGCUGCACCUCAACCGCAAACUCUCUAUGGAGGACCAGCUGUAUGUCAUGGGAAGCGACAUUGAGCUCAUGGUGGAAGCGGUCAGCACGUCUGUGCAGGACUCCAGUGUGUUAGUCCAGAGAAGCACACUUGACCUCAUCCUCUUCUGCUUCCCUUUCCACAUGAGUCAGGCCACUCGUCCGGAUAUGAUCAGAAUCUUGUCUGCUGCGCUGCACGUUGUUCUGAGGAGGGACAUGUCUCUAAACCGACGGCUUUAUGCUUGGCUGUUGGGUUUUGAUAACAAUGGUGUGAAAACAGGCCCUCGCAACACUCGCCUCAGCAACCCGGAGGAGCACGCCACCCACUACUUCAACACCUACUCCAAAGACAUGCUGGUGCAGGCCAUGGUUGGGAUUCUGCAGGGUAAGGCGAGGGGUGGGGAGGAGGAAAGUGCCCUCAUGCAUGACCUGAAACCCUUCCGCAUCCUCAUCAGCCUGCUGGACAAACCUGAGCUGGGUCCUGCGAUCCUGGAGGACGUCCUGAUAGAAGUGUUUCGGACACUGCACACGCAGUGCCGAGCCGAACUGGACCUGCAGAACCAGAAUCCCUUCAGCAAAGACCAGACACAGCUCAGCAGCAAACUCAGAGAGAACAAGAAGACGGCUGAACUCAUCAAAACGGCCAACCUGUUAUUCAACUCCUUCGAGCCGUACUACAUGUGGGAUUAUAUCGCACGCUGUUUUGAGGAGGGCUGCAGACGGACUCAAAGCAGUUCUGAGCCUUCUGUUCUCUCUCUAGUUGAGUUCUGUCAGCUGGUUGACUUUCUGUUGGACAUCGUAUCUUUGCCCACUAGAAGCAUGAGGGUUAUCUGCCAGGAGACGUAUAUAGAGAUUCAGACGGAGCACCUGCCCCAGCUCCUGCUGCGGAUGGUCUCUGCACUGACAGCCCACCUGAGGGCGCUGUGUCUGGGGGAACUCACGCACUGCCUGCGCCUCUGCUCCAAAAUCCUCAGUAAAGUUCAGCCGCCGCUGGUCUCCCCCCUUACACUCCCCUCUGCCGGCGCCAGAGACCUCGAGGGCCGUCGGGCUCUCCCUGCAGCGCUGGAGGUUCCAGUCAGUGAGGAUGUGUUUGAGGACCGGGAGAACCCUGCCAGCAGCCGUUCUUCUGAGAGCGGUUUCACCGACUUUGUUCAGUACCAAGGGGAGAACGGGCAGCAGGCUGACCCAGCUCAGCUUUCAGAGGGUGAUGACCUCGGACCCAUGCGACCCAAACACAAAGGGUCCGGUUCUACACCCCACAGCAAACCGCAGGACACUCCGGUGAUGCAGCGCUGCCUAGAACACUUCCAGCACUUCCUGUGCAGCCUGGUGAAGCUGUACAUCGCUCCGGGUGACAGCACCUCGCGGAUGGACACUCUGAGAGUGGCAGGGCCAGAGGAGAGGGAGAGUGUGUCUGAACAGAAGGAGUGUGUGGCUGCGUUUACCGCUGCGUGUCAGCUCUUUCUGGAGUGCUCCAGUUUCCCUGUGUACAUCGCCGAGGGCAACCUGAAGUCCUCUCCUACCAGAGAAGAGCAAGCAGAUGGUGAGAGCGUCCUUCCACCACUGUGGCUGCAAACUCUGAUGGACGCCUGUUGCUCAGCGACAGACUUCAGCAUCCAGGCAGUGGCGAUCUCCCUGGUGAUGGACCUGGUGGGCCUCACCCAGUCCGUUGCUAUGGUGACAGCUGAGCGUGUGAGCAGUCCCGACUCUGGCCAGCCGAUGAGCCCCAGCCAGGGCCGUGUCGCUGUGGUGAUCAGACCACCGCUCACCCAGGGCAUCCUGAAGUACAUCGCUGAGAAGACUGAUUUCUUUAAGAGUGUAGCGCUGAUCCUUUGGGAGCAGUUGGGGGAGUCGACCCCUCAGCAUCAUCAGCGCAGCGUGGAGCUCUUCUACCAGCUCCACAAUCUGGUGCCCUCAUCCAGCAUUUGCGAGGACGUCAUCAGCCAGCAGCUCAUGCACCGUGACAAGAGGAUCCGCUUGGAGGCCCAUGUGAAAUUCUCUGUUCUGUGGCAUCUCACCAGAGACCUGAAUAUCACCAAGUCGUCCCCCUUCAGCCGCACUUUUGACAGGUCCCUUUUCAUCAUGCUGGACAGUCUGAGUUACUGGGACGGGUCAGCGAGUGCUGUGGGCCGGGCCUGGCUGAAUCAAGUUCUUCAAAGGCAUGAUAUCGCCCGAGUUUUGGAGCCACUCUUGCUGCUGCUGCUACACCCUAAAACCCACCGUGUGUCCAUCCAGCGCGUACAAGCCCAGCGGCACUGGGCCCGGGCUUUCCCCAACCCACCAGAACCAGAACCAGAGCCAUCUGAACUCACCUGUAUGGGGGACACAGCCUGUUCUGACACAUACUGUCGAUUGUCCGGCGACAGCCUGCGGGUGGUGCAUGGCAGAGGCCUUCCUCUAGACGAUAUGGAACCAUUGAGCCUGACAGUCAACCCUCUGAGUGACAGUCUGUCACUGCUGAGCCUUAGCAGUGAGAACCUACAACUGUGUGGAGAAUAUCAACCUCCAGACCAGCAGGGGGACCCCCAGAGCUCAGAUUCCAGUGGCUCUCAGUCUUCAACCAUGGAUAACGGCAGCUUUGAUGAGCUGGAUGGCACCGCUACCACUGCAACGGAUCAGGCUGCUUCUAUGGAGGAGGACUCUCUAGACAGGUCAGUUUCUGCGGUUCUUGCAGAAUUACUGGACAAAGUGGUGCAGAUGGUGGAUGAUGGUUCGGCUGGGACACCUUCACCUCCAGAGGCAUGGCCUCAGACAGAUUCGGACAGCUCUAACUCCUCUUUGGACGUGUCUGCUGAACCACAGGUCAGUCUAGGGCCAUUCCCAGGCACCCAGGCUUUAACGUUACCUGAACUUGUAGCUGGAAGCACGUUAGAGUUCCUGUCUGUAGCAUCUGCGGAUACAACAGACGUCGAGCCUCGUGAAGGAAUAACCCGGCACAGCUCGUCUCCUUCCAUUGUCACACUUCCAGACAGCAGCGGGCGUGGCACACCAGAGCAGGGCUUGCGACCAGAUGACCCCCAGGCCCGCAAACGGAGCCACAGCAGUACCCAGCUCAGCCUCAAGGGCAAGAUAAUGGAGCGACUGGCUGACAAAUCACCCGGCGCUAAGCCUAAGGUCAAGAAGGCCAAGAGAAAAGAGGAGGAGAGGCGAAAGGCCAAUCAGGCUGAGAAGAACCGACCUCCUAGUAUCUUCUUUGGGGACAGCCUGGACCUGGAGAACUGGUACAGCUGUGGGGAAGGUGAGGUAUCUGAGAUUGAGAGUGAUGUGGGGUCACCUAGUGGUGGAGUUUCUGGAAUCCCUGGUGCAUCUCGCUCCUCUGCAUCCCCUGCCCGUUUCAACGUCCAUCCUCUUUACCAGCACGUCCUACUCUACCUUCAGCUCUAUGACUCUUCCCGUACACUACAUGCCCUAUCAGCUGUAGCCGCGAUGCUGCGGACCGCUCCAGCCGGCUUUGUUAGCGCCAUCAGCACUACUAGCAUCAACAACACGUACACUCCCCAGCUUUCUCUGUUGCAGAACCUCCUGGCUCGUCAUCGUGUCUCCGUCAUGGGCAAAGACUUUUACUGCCCGAUCCCACAGGACUCGCACUCACACUCUUUCCGCAGCGCAAUGUACCUGGAAAUUGUGAUCUCUCUCUGCCUCUACUUCCUGCGGAGCUACUACUCGGCGCAUGUAGCGGCGACUUCGCAGGAUUUGGCGGGAAACCGCGCCAUGCAGCUGACCAGCGUGGAGGUGCUAACUCUGCUCUUCUGCGAGCUAGCUAAAGCAACGGGUGGGUCGGCCAAAGGAUUCGCCAGUUUCAUCAGCGACGUGCUGUCCAAGUGCAAAGUGCAGAAGGUGACGUUGCAUUGCCUGCUCUCCUCCAUCUUCAGCGCGCAAAAGUGGCAUGAUCAGCGAGUUCGAGGGUCCAAUAUGGCUGCUGUAGAGGAGGGGAUGACCGAAGAGAGCAUCAUCAACCUGUCUGAGGACCAGUUGGAUGGAUGCAGUGCCGUGCAGUCACAGCUCCUGCGGCUGCUGCAAAGCCUGGUGGUGCUGGAGCACCAUGUAUUGGUGCCCAGCGAUGAAGGUGGAGACGCAGGGCUUCAAGGGGCGGGGGCUUCAGGGGGUGGAGCCAGCGGAGUUGGUGCCGGCGGGGGCGGUUUUGAGCUGCUAGGCAGUGAAGUAGAGCAUGUGAACCCUCAGCAGCCAAUGGCGUCACUGCAGUACCUGCCAGGCCAGCCAAUCACAGCACAAGGCAUGUUCCUGUGUGCGGUGAUCCGGGCGCUGCACCAGCACCACGCCUGUAAGAUGCAUCCGCAGUGGAUCAGCCUCAUCACAGCUACGCUGCCUUACAUGGGCCGGGUGCUGCGUCGGGUAGUGGCGUCAGUCACGCUGCAGCUGUGCAGGAACCUGGACAACCUCAUCCAGCAAUACCGCUACGAGACUGGACUCACUGACACCAGGCCCCAGUGGAUGGCGCUGUGUAUUCCGCCUGACCUCAUUCUCACUGUGCUGGAGGGAGUAACAGCCAUCAUCCACUACUGUCUGCUGGACCCAUCAUCACAGUACCACCAGCUCCAGGUUAGCGUAGACCAGAAGCACCUGGCCGAGGCUCGUGCAGGUAUCCUCUCCAUCCUGCACACCAUCAUGUCCUCGGUCACUCUGCUCUGGAGUGUCCUGUACCUGGCUGACAGUUCAGACAGACCUGCAGCCGCUGCCGCCUGCUCCAACUCCAACAUCAACCUGGGCUCCACUAAAAAUCUCCGGCAGCAGAUCCUGGAGCUUCUUGGUCCGAUUUCCAUGAACCAUGGAACACACUUCAUGGCUGCUAUUGCUUACGUCUGGAACGAGAGGAAACAGGUCAAAACGCCCGCCAGGAACAAGGUGAUUCCCACAGCCAGUGAGGAGCAGCUCCUGCUGGUGGAUUUGGUGCGGUCAGUGAACGCCAUGCGCACAGAGACUGUGAUGCAGACAGUGAAGGAGGUUCUAAAGCAGCCGCCAGCCAUCGCAAAAGAGAAGAAGCAUUUGUCCCUGGAGGUUUGCAUGCUUCAGUUUUUCUAUGCCUACGUUCAGAGGAUUCCUGUGUCCAGUCUGGUGGACAGCUGGCCCUCACUGCUAGCUCUGCUGAAAGAUUCAGUGCAGCUCGGCCUACCGGCACCAGGACAGUUCCUUAUUCUGGGUGUUCUGAAUGAGUUUAUCCUGAAGAAUCCCACCCUGGAAAGCAAGAAGGACCAGCGAGAGCUGCAGGAUGUGACCCAUAAAAUCGUGGAGGCGAUUGGCACUAUUGCUGGAUCUUCUCUGGAGCAGACCACCUGGCUGAGGAGAAACCUGGAGGUGAAGCCUUCUCCGCAGAUCGUGGUGGAUGGAGCCACUUUGGAGGCAGAUGUGGAAGAUUUAAUGCUCACAGUGAUGGAGGCGUCCAAUUUCACUCCAUCAGUCUACAGCGUUCACGCCCUCACACUGCUAGCAGAGGUGUUGGCUCACCUGUUGGACAUGGUGUUCUACAGCGAUGAGAAAGAGAGAGUGAUUCCCCUGCUGGUCAACAUCAUGCACUACGUGGUUCCUUACCUCCGGAACCACAGUGCCCACAAUGCCCCAAGUUACCGAGCGUGUAUCCAGCUCCUGAGCAGCCUGAGUGGUUAUCAGUACACACGCCGGGCCUGGAAGAAAGAAGCCUUCGACCUGUUCAUGGACCACACCUUCUUCCAGAUGGACUCAUCCUGUGUCAGCCACUGGAGAGCCAUCAUUGACCACCUGAUGACCCAUGAUAAGACCACAUUUAGAGAUUUGAUGACGCGAGUGGCUGUAGCACAGAGCAGCUCUCUGAACCUGUUCACCAACCGUGACGCCGAGCUGGAACAGAGAGCAAUGCUGCUGAAACGGCUCGCAUUCACUAUCUACAGCAGUGAGGUGGACCAGUACCAGAAAUACCUACCAGACAUCCAAGAGCGGCUGGUGGAGAGUCUGCGUCUGCCUCAGGUUCCUAUCCUGCAUGCGCAGGUGUUUCUGUUCUUCAGGGUGCUGCUGCUGCGCAUGUCCCCCCAACACCUCACUUCACUGUGGCCCACCAUGAUCACUGAGCUGGUCCAGGUGUUUUUACUGAUGGAGCAGGAGCUCAUUGCAGAUGAGGACAUCACCAGGACCUCAGGACCCUCCGUAGCGGGGCUGGAGACAACAUACUCCGGAGGAAACGGUUUCUCUACCUCCUACAACAGCCAGCGGUGGCUCAACCUCUACCUGUCCGCAUGCAAGCUGCUGGACCUGGCCUUAGCUCUGCCCUCAGAGAGUCUGCCUCAGUUUCAGAUGUAUCGCUGGGCCUUUAUCCCAGAAGCCUCAGAUGACUCAGGCCUGGAGGUGCGGCGGCAGGGAACACACCAGAGAGAGUUCAAGCCUUACGUGGUCAGACUGGCCAAGCUGCUAAGGAAAAGAGCGAAGAAAAACCCGGAGGAGGACUGUUCUGGCCGCCCGCUGAUAUGGGAGCCAGGUCGGCUGACCCUAACGCUGUACGGCAUCCGCAGCAUGGAGCAGCUCCUGCCCUUCUUCACGCUCCUCAGCCAGGUGUUCAGCAGCAAAGCCAGCAGCCGCUCAGGCCCCUGCCCCGUCCUCUCCCCCUCAGACACACCACACACGCCCAAACACAGCAAACCCGAGAGCCAGAAAGUGUUCUGGAGCCGCGCCAGGCAGCACAUUGAGGAGAUGGUGGAGAAAGAUUUCCUGGAAGGACUCAUCAAAACGUGACUGGGCACAGUGGACGAAAAAAAACAAAAAAACAUGAACUGACCUGUGGAAAAACACUAACACCUCACCUUUUAAAUAAAAAAGAAAAAAAAAAGAAGAGGGAUCAAAUAUUAAAAAAACAGAAGUUUGUACAUGGUUUUGUUUUUCUAUUUAUGAUUACUGUAUUUUUUUCAGAGGCUAUACUAUUUAAUUUAAACUUUUAUUUGUAUUUAGAGGGCAGCUGUGAUUGCACUCAUUACUGUAAGCCUUCUGAAUAAUGUGAACUUUCUUUACCAUUCCAUGUUGUGCUGAUUAGCAUAAGAGACAUAUCAUUUAAAAAUUAAAGCAUAUUUCUGAGAGUCCUCUUGGCAAGCUUGUAGCACACCUCAGGAUACCCCGAUUAACCAACUGGAUUUGCACUGAUAUUUCAUUCCUGCAGUUCUGAAUGGAUCGCGUUUUAAAUUAUGGAAAUCAUUCUGAGAAUACGAGAAGCGAUGUGGCUUGCAAAGCUGUCAGAAAGAGAAAAGUGUCACUAAGAAUCUACUGACCUGUUGAAAUAAAUCUGAGCUUUAAUUAA